CAGCCAUGCCGUUGCCGCGCUCCGCAUGCUGAGGCCGGGCGCAAACUCAUUGCAUCCCCGGGGCGGCUCUGCCGCUUUAAGCAGCCUUGCCCAUUGUUUGCCCCCCGACCAAUGGCCGGGCCCAGCUCCCCUCCGCCUGGCCAAUGGGGAUGGCGCAGGGGAGUGAGCGCGCCGCCCACUAAUCUAUAUUAAAGCUAGUGGCGCCGCGUGAGUUCUCCACUGGCUCUGGCCAAAGCCAUCUUUGCAUUGUUCCUGCCCUGCUCUGCUCCUCGGGCAGCCGGACCUGCGCUUCGCUUAUUUUUAUAUCAGAGCUAUUUUAGAUACACCUCUCCCCACGCACCAUGUCAGACACAGCUGUGGACACCAGCGCGGAGAUCUCCACCAAGGAUCUAAAAGAGAAGAAAGAAGUUGUGGAAGAGACAGAAAAUGGCAGAGAUGCACCAGCCAACGGCAACGCUGAGAACGAGGAAAAUGGAGAGCAGGAGGCUGACAACGAAGUAGACGAAGAGGAAGAAGAAGGCGGCGAAGAAGAGGACGAGGAGGAAGAGGGUGAGGAAGAGGACGGCGAUGAAGAUGAGGAAGGCGACGCACCCACAGGCAAACGGGCAGCUGAGGAUGACGAGGACGAGGACGUCGAUCCCAAGAAGCAGAAAACCGACGAAGAUGACUAGGCAGCACAUAUAUAUAUUUUUUAAAAUAAGGAGAAAAACAAACAAAAGGCCAGCGCGACCUGUUCACUUUCAACGUCCCGUCGCAACCCCCCCGCCGUGGUCACCCUCCCCAAGUAGAGCGAACCUGCCCGCGAUGCCGACGCCACUCGGAACGAAUGCCCGAAAAGAUUCCCCACCCCACCCCCCAUCAGUGGGGCGAGAACCCCUCUUUCCCCAGCACCAAAACUUCAAGGCCCUGCUUUCUUUCUUAAAAAUACUUUAAAGGAGAAUUUGUUUGUAUUUUUUAUUUACAUUUUAUAUUUUUGUACAUAUUGUUAGGAGGUCAGCCAUUUUUAAGUGAUCUCGGAUUGACCAAAUGGGGGGCUUUGAAGUGUGUCUCUCUCUCUCUCUCUCUCUCAUUACCCAUCUCUGACUUUACUUCUGGUGUGACCGCGUCCCAACAAACCAUUCUCCCGAAGGAGAAAAAACGACCUUGUAAAAAAACAAAAACGCAAAAAAAAAAAAAAAAAUUUACAAUCUUAUUCCGAGCAUUCCAGUAACUUUUUUUGUGUAUGUACUUUAGCUGUACUAUAAGUAGUGGGUUUGUAUGAGAUGGCAAGGCCAAAGAUAAAAGGUUUUUGUUUUUUUCUGUCUAUGAAGUUGCUGUUUAUUUUUUUUUUUUUUUUUUUUUGGCCUGUUUGAUGUAUGUGUGAAACAAUGUUGUCCAACAAUAAACCGGAAUUUUAUUUUGCUGAGUUGUUCUAACGAAGCUGGCUCCCAA